UGAUAUCAAAAGUCAAUUCCAUUAUUUACAUUAAAAACCUGGGAGUUAUGACCACAGAUUUAAUUGUUGAUUCUCAAAUAAGAGUAUGGGUGUUUUUACCCAUUGUGGUCAUCACAUUUUUAGUUGGAAUCCUCAGGCAUUAUUUUUCAAUCCUCCUGGCCAGUCAAAAGAAAGUAGAAACCCAGCAACUUCAAGACAGUCAGCUAAUAAUAAGGGCUAGAAUGUUACGAGAAAAUGCUAAAUACAUACCGAAAAGCGCGUUUCUGGUCCGCAAACAUGCGUUCAACAAAGAAGAAGAUGGUUAUCUAACACAAAAGAGGCCCGCUAUGACACAAAAUAUGAUGACGGACCCCUCAAUGAUGACUGACAUGCUAAAAGGAAAUCUAACUAAUGUCUUACCCAUGAUUGUUAUUGGAGGAUGGAUUAAUUGGAUGUUUUCGGGAUUUAUUACAACUAAAGUGCCCUUCCCUUUAACACUACGUUUCAAGUCAAUGUUGCAGAGAGGUAUUGAAUUAUCCCAUUUAGAUGCGUCAUGGGUAUCAUCAGCCUCAUGGUAUUUCCUUAAUGUAUUUGGAUUGAGAAGUAUAUAUGCAUUGGUACUUGGUGAAAACAAUGCUGCUGACCAGAGCCGUCAGAUGCAAGAUCAAAUGUCAGGAGCGGCAAUGGCAAUGCCUCAAGACCCAAAGGUCGCAUUUAAAGCUGAGUGGGAAGCGUUAGAAAUUGUGGACCACCAAUGGGCACUGGUGGACGUGGAAACUAAAUUACUGGGGGAUGAGAAGUUGAAGGUAGAAUAAAUUAAUAAAAACUACCGUUUUGUUGAUUAUCUGUAAUUUAAUUAUUUUAAGAACUUUAUAUAGGACUAUUAUCCUGAAUAUAGUUGUAA